CUUCGACUCCAACUGUUAUUUAGACAAGAACAAAAACAUUAAUUAAAAUUUAAAAGUUCAAAUGAAUAUUAUCUCGUGAUAAAAUAGUUAUGAAAAUGGAAGGCUUGUCACUGCAGGCAAUGACCAACAGAACGAAAGCCCUGAUGCGCCAAAAGGUGGAUAAACGUGCCCAUGAGCAACGUAGAAAUAUAUUGUACCUCAUUGCCGAAUUUCUGGGUCAGCAAGGAUUGUUCAAGUCGUUAGAAGCCCUGACCGAGGAAGGCCAGAUCUCGGAAAACUUCGAGAUCUGUGAUAACAUCGACCUUGAAAUAAUAUUUCAAGAUUACGUAAACUUUUAUCAAUCGAGGUUCAACAGGCCGCCUCAAAUAUGUAAACGCGUGGAAAGUCAUUUGUUAAAGGAUACUCAACCGAAAGCUACCGCUACCCCGAAAGACAACAAAACGAAAGCAAAAACUAAGACUUUUCCCAUCGAGGAAGAUCUUUCCGGGCUCGACACUUCGUCGUGUCAGAGCAUCGACGCGUUUUCUCUGAGUAUUUUACCACUUACGGAGAAGCGGAAAAAUAAUUGGCGGUCUAGCGAUAAUACGACGAAACCUGUUUUCGGUAAUGAAAAAGUUCUACGGCCUCUGGCUAAUUUGUAUCCAAGCGGUUCGGAAUGGAGAGAAAUCGCUGAAACCAUAACGCAGGACAUUGUGAUGACGAAUUUGAACGUUCAUUGGGAUGACGUACAUGGAUUGGAAGAUUGCAAAGAAUUGCUGAAAGAAGCGGUUGUUUUCCCAACCAAAUAUCCUGAACUAUUCACGGAAUUGUUCACACCUUGGAAAGGGAUACUCCUUUAUGGCCCACCUGGAACCGGUAAAACGAUGCUGGCUAAAUCCGUGGCAACCGAGUGCGAUUUUACGUUUUUCAAUAUAACGGCAAGUUCCCUCGUGAGUAAAUGGCGAGGUGAUUCAGAAAAAUACGUCCGGGUUUUGUUCGAACUGGCCAAUUAUCAUGCACCAUCAAUUAUUUUCAUCGAUGAAAUCGACUGGAUUGCAGCCGGAGAUGGAGCUUCCUGUUCCGAUAGAUCCGAACCAGCGAGACGUUUCAGGGCCGAGCUUCUCUCCAGGCUCGAUGGUCUCAAAUCCGUUGAUGAUUCUCAUGUUAUUUUAUUGGCUGCUACGAAUGCUCCGUGGAAUUUGGAUUCUGCGUUGCUGAGACGAUUGGAAAAUCACGUCCAGGUGGACGUGCCGAACGAAGCCGUGCGUCGAGAAAUAUUGGAAAUAUACACGGCUAAAAGACUUCACAACACGAUGGCAUUUGCAAACGUGAUUGAAAAGACUAAAGGAUAUUCGAGUGCGGAUCUCAAACGUCUUUGCAAGGAAGCUUGGAUGCUACAGAUGCGACCGGUAUGGUCCAAACUGGAGAACGGAUUGACGACGAAUGUCAACGAAUGGAUGAUCAAAGCUAGCACAAUCGAAGAUUGUUCGCUACUUGCUGAAGCUACCAACAAUAUUCUGUGCACAGCUAAUCACCUCAAAGAAAAAUAUGAGAAUUGGAAAAAAACUCUAGGAGUGCCGAUCUAAUGCUAACAAUUAUCAAUUGCGAAGAUAUAAGAACGAUUUUUUAAUUUUCUUUUGAACAAAUGAAAUUUUAACGACGAUCUUUUCUUACAAAUAAAGAAAUCCGUAUAAGAAUAA